AUGUAUGAGAACAGCCUGAUCCUGGUCAUCAUCAUUGUCUUCCUCACUGGAUCACUUUCUCUUGUCACUAUUGUUGGCAACAUCCUAGUGAUGGUGUCAUUCAAGAUCAACAAGGCACUGAAGACAGUGAACAACUACUACCUGCUUAGCCUAGCAUUUGCUGACCUGACCAUUGGCACACUGUCAAUGAACCUGUAUACCACCUACAUCAUCAUGGACCAGUGGGCUCUUGGGCCAGUGGUCUGUGACUUGUGGCUUGCAAUCGACUAUGUGGCCAGUAACGCCUCAGUCAUGAACCUGCUUGUUAUCAGCUUUGACAGGUAUUUCUCUGUUACCAGACCUUUGACAUACCGGGCCAAACGUACAACCAAGCGUGCCAUGACCAUGAUUGGAUUAGCCUGGUCCAUCUCUUUCAUUCUCUGGGCCCCAGCUAUUCUGUUCUGGCAGUACAUUGUGGGUGAGCGGACAGUCCAGCCCAAUGAGUGCUACAUCCAGUUCCUGUCCGAGCCCAUCAUUACAUUCUCCACUGCCGUCGCCGCGUUCUACUUGCCUGUAAGUAUUAUGGCAUUCCUGUUUUGGAAGAUCUAUCAGGAGACAGAGAAGCGUGUUAAAGAUUUCCAAGGUCUCAAGGCAACUGGGUCAGGCCACAGCCAAAGCCAGGCUCAGAAUCAAGGGAGCGGCAGCGGAAAAGCCGGUGGAGAAAGUGCAACUAACAGCCAGAAGAAUUCGUCAGCCAUGCUACGCCAAAUAAGCUCUCAAAGCUGCAGCAGCUCUGAACUAAAUCAGCCGGCUUCAGAGAAGAACAACAAGGACAAUGCCAGCAUACCAGGAGGAACGGGAAGCAGAGGGAGGUGCGGCGCAUUCUGCUUCCGGUUUUCAUCACUGCUGCCGGGUCGCCGUGCAUCCAAGAGGUCCAUCAACACCACGACAACGACGUUGGGCGAUGCCGAGCAGAGCAGCUGUGACAGCUUUAACAACAAUGAAGGUGGUGCCUCUGGGGACCAGUCAGGUUCAGAGGACGAUGCUGACGGUGCAGACCCAUCAAGGCCUCCAACAGAUGGUAAGAAGUCUAGGAAGGUGAAAAACAACAAAGAUAAGCAAUCAUCCAACCAAAGUCGAAAAGGGUCACAAUCAAACCCCACCACCCCAUCGUCCGCCGACCAAUCACCCGCAGCCAUCACCAUGAAAGAUGCGGCGAUGGCCAAACGCUUCGCAUCUAAGGCCAAGACAGAGAUCAACAAGCGCAAGAAUGAAAAAAAGGCAAAUGAGAAGAAAGCGGCACGGACACUCAGUGCCAUCCUCUGCGUCUUCAUCACGACGUGGUUGCCGUACAACAUCAUGGUGUUGGUCAACACUUUCUGUCAGGACUGCAUUCCAGGAACUCUCUGGGCGCUGGGAUACUGGUUGUGUUAUGUGAACAGCACAAUCAACCCCAUGUGCUACGCCCUGUGUAACAAGACCUUCCGGACAACUUUCAGGGAUAUUUUGAUGUGCCAGUGGGAUCAAAAGAAGAACAAGCCUCAUUUUCAUCAGCAUCAGAGGAAGCCUGUGGCUUUCAAGAAAAAGGAGCCAAUGUAGAAUACAGUG